UGUCUUGGGAUUGUUAGUGUCGGUGUCUUUACCGGCUGACGCUCCUGUUGGGUCGGAUUGAUUCGUCUGUGAUCGUCCGCUCACGACGUCUGACGGAUGAAAUCACAAGUUGAACUUUUCUAGAUGGAAACCCCCAAACAAACCGGUGGUUGUUGUUUCUGUAUUUUCUGGACGUUGUGAGACGGUUUGCGUGAGAGUCACGAACCUCCAGACUGGAGCGAAGCAGCAGCUGCCGGUUCAGCCUCUGCAGCUCGGCUCAGCGGCGCAGGGAUCCGUGCAGAUCCGCGUGAAGAGCUCACCGAGCUCCGCAGACCGCCUGAGUCAGUCCAGGUCCAUGGUGCUGCAGGAGUCCGACCUUCCUCAGAAACUCAUCUCUCGCCAUCGCAGGAAUCAGUCUCAGCACAACGUCGUGGUCACAGGAGCAGCCGCGUUCGAACCACUGGCGGAGGUGAAAGGUCAGCAUGUGAAUGUGACUAAGAUCUCAGAGAGCGGUAAGAAGCAGAGGAAGAACUGGACGUGGAUGUGGACUGAACUGAACUCAGAGCAGCUGCUGGUCUACAAAGAGAGACAACAGGAAACUGGUCCGAAAGCCGGAGGUAAGACAGACGUGGUUCCGCUGUGUGGUGCCGUGAUCGAGUGGACGAAAGAGAAGUCAAGCAGGAAAAAUGUCUUCCAGAUCACGACACACACAGGAAGCGAGUACCUGCUUCAGGUCGACAGUUACUCCGCUGCCAGCAAAUGGUACGACACCAUCAGAAAGGCCAUUGACUCUUCAACUAAACCAGAUGGAGGUUUUCUCCUGCGGAAGUCAAACAGUACAGAGUAUCUGCCGAGACACAGCUCCCUGCCCGGCCACAGCUCGGCCUCCCCCAGCGCCAAACAACGCAAUCCAGCUCACAGACGCUCCAUCAACAUGUUCAGCAGCUCAAAGCUGAAGCAUAGUAGCUCGGACAGCAGCGACAAGAACGGAGUGAGGAACCGACUGAAGAAGUUCAUCACCAGACGUCCGUCCAUGAAAACUCUGCAGGAGAAAGGCCUCAUCAGAGAUCGAGUGUUUGGCUGCCAUCUGUCAACGCUCUGUGGACGAGAAGGAACCACGGUGCCCAAGUUCGUCCAGAUCUGUGUGGACGCAGUCGAUAAACGAGGUCUGGAAGUUGACGGGAUCUACAGAGUCAGUGGGAAUCUGGCCACAAUCCAGAAACUUCGCUUCAUUGUUGAUGAAGAGGAGGACCUGGACCUGGACCACAGUCAGUGGGAGGACAUCCACGUCAUCACAGGAGCCCUCAAGAUGUUUUUUCGUGAACUGCCAGAGCCGCUGUUUCCCUUCAGAUUCUUCCAAUCUUUUGUGGAGGCAAUCAAGAUCAAAGAAUCCAAAGACAAAAUCCAGGCUGUGAAGAAACUGAUCCAGGAGCUGCCCAAGCCCAACAAGGACACCAUGAAGCUGCUGUUCGUCCACCUGCACAGAGUUCUGGCCUUUUCCAGGAAGAACCUGAUGUCCACUCAGGGCAUCAGCAUCGUGUUCGGCCCGACGCUGAUGUGGCCCGAGCUGGACGCAGGAAACAUGGCGGUCAACAUGGUCUACCAGAACCAGAUCGUGGAGUUUGUCCUAAUCGAGAGUGAAUACAUCUUCAACCUGGACAGGAAGUAACAGUUGCAGUGGAAGAGAACAGGACGAACACCUUGGCUGAUCAUUUCUCAUCAGAACUUAUUUCAAAGAGGUUUUUUUUAUCAUUAUGAACAGACCCUCUGCCGUCACAGCUCCCCCACAACGUGAUGUACAGUAGUAUAUUUAUAUCAUACUGUACAUUUAUCACAUACAACUAUAGAAAUGUUAUAAGUGAUUGAAUCACUGUUGUUGUGACCUCUUCAAUCUGCCUUCAUUGAGACGUGGAUUAUAAAAACAACUUCCUCAACUAAAGUAAACAAAGAUGAUAUCAAACAAGCACAGUCAUAUUUUCUAUUUAUACGUAAAGAUUCUGAAUAAAAUGGAGAAUCAGAUCAGAUAA